UCGUGUGGGAGGGCGUGGCCAGCGCCCGCCAUGUUCACACGGGGGUCCCGGCGGCGGCGAUCGCAGCGAGACGCCGAGGACCCCGAGCGGGGCUGUCCGUGCCGUGCCUGCCACGAGCUCUGCCCGGGUUUCCAGGAGCACCCCUGGAGGAAGAUCUGCCAGCACUGCAAGUGUCCCCGAGGCGAGCACGUUGUGGGGGGCGUCCCCCCGCGGCUGCAGGGGGUCCUGGCGCGGCUGCUGCCUGACCCCCCGCCCCCCCCCGGCUCUGAGGACUCGGGGUGCUGUGCCGAGGAGUUCGCCUGGAGCCCUCCUGGCCUCAGCCCUGAACAGGUGUCUCUGUAUUUCUCCGCCCUGCCCCCCGCACUGGUGCCGCGUAUGCGCAGUCCCGGCGAGCGGCACCGGCUGCGGGAGCUGCUGCGGCAGCUGCCCCCGCACGACCUGGAGCCCGAAUUCUGCCAUGACCUGGACGAGGUCGAGCGUCGGGAACUGAAACUUUUCGCCCAACGCCGAAAACGGGAAAAUUUGGGGCAGGGGAGCGUCCGGCCCCUCCCCCUGACCAGCGCUGGGGCCGUGUGCCAGCAGUGCGGGGGUCCCAUCCGGGGCGGCUCCCUGGCCGUGUUCGCAGCGCGGGCGGGGCUGGGGCUGUGCUGGCACCCCCAGUGCUUCCAGUGCCACCAGUGCCACCAGCCGCUCGUGGACCUGCUCUACUUCUGCCCGGGGGGCGCCGGGGGGCUGCGGGGGCGGCUGCUGUGUGGGCGGCACCACGGGGACAGCGUGAGACCGCGCUGCCCCGGCUGCGAUGAGCUGAUUUUCGGGGGGCGCUGGGCCGAGGCCGGGGGGCGCCGCUGGCACCUGCGGCACCUGCGCUGUCUGGAGUGUGAGGGGCCCCUGGAGCCCCAAAACCUGCCCAGAACUGGAGCGGGGCCCCCUCUGUGCCCCCCCUGCCGCACCCGCCGCGCCCACCUGUGCGACACCUGUGGGGACCCCAUCGACCUGCAGGCUCCCCACGUCACCCACAGGGGGCAGCACUGGCACCCCCUCCCCACCUGUUUCCGCUGUGCGCCCUGUGGGCGCCCCCUGCUGGGCCGCCCCUUCCUGCCCCGGGGGGGGCAAAUCUUCUGCUCCCCCCAGUGCGCACAGGGACCCCCCCCCCGCGCCCCCCGCGGCGCCCCCCAGCGGCGCUCCUGGGGAGGGGCACCCCCGGCAGGCUCGCAGCCCCGGUUCCGCCGGGCGGGGCCCCAUCGCCACUCGAUGCCGGAACUGGGCGUCACCCGCCGCCCCUCCCGCUCCAUCUCCCCUCCUCCCGCCCCCUGCAGCCCCUCCCCUCCCUGCCCUGUCCCUCCCCCCCCCGAGCCCUGCCCCUCCUCCCCCGGGUUGGGGGUGCGGCAGGGGGGGGGGCCGCCCCCGCUGCCCUUCCUCCUCCUCCUCCUCCUCCUCCUCCUCCUCCUCCUCCUCCUCCUCCUCGUGGGAGGGGCUGUUCCUGGGGGAGCCCAUCCCCCUCCCCCCACAGCUCCGCCCCCCCGGGGCCCCCCUGCAUCCGGCCCCGCCCCUCCAGCCCCGCCCCCGGCCCCGCUCCCGCUCCCGUGGCUGCCGCCUGGCCUGACCCCUCUUACCUCUGGGUGACCACUGUGUGACCCUCUGUGCGAACCCUCUGGGUGACAUCGGUCACCUCUGACCUCUGGGUGACACCUCUGGGUUUGACCCCUGGGUGUGACCUCUGUGACCUAUGAAUGACCUCUUUGUGAUUUCUGUGAUAUGUGACCUCUCUGUGACCCCUGUGCGACCCCUGUGUGGCCUCUGACCUCUGUGGGUGACCUCUGUGUGAUGUCUAAGACCCCUCUUUUUUACCCUUGGGUGACCUCUGGGUGACCCCCUGGGUGACCCUUCUGUGGCCUCUGUGUGACCCCUAGAUGACCCAAUAUGAUCUGUGUGACCUCUGGGUGUGACCCCUGGGUGACCCCUGCUCUCUCCUGCUGACUUUGUGCCAAGCUCUGUGGGGCUUCCGACCUCUCUUGGUGGCCUCAACCUCAGGGACCUCCUGUGACCUCCUGCUGACCUUUGACCUCUGGUGCCUUCUUGGUGCUGACCUUUGCCCUCUGGUGCCCUCCUGGUGCCCUUUGCCCUCUGCUCUCCUGUGGGCACUCUGCUGCUGAGCUUUGACCCCCCUCCCGGCCGUGACCUUUGCACUGUGACCCCGUGACGCCUCAGGGACCCCCGGGCUGUGCUCGGUGACCUUUGACCCCCGGACAAAAGCAUUAAUAAAGGGGCGGCGCCCCCGUUCGGCAA